AGUCAUAGUAAACGACUACCUGGUCAUCCUGCUGGACGUAGUUGACCGUAACUUUGAGAUCACAGACAGUUCGGUACUACAGCGUCUAGGUGCGCUCGUGUACGCGCAGGACGCAAACACAUGCGACGUCUUCUGGGCGUAUGACUUUCACAUGGCGGCUGUGAGACGGUUACUUUUGUGCCAGGACUUGGAGAACCACUGCAUAGCCAUCCCGCACGCGGUGUCUGAGAGGGAUGUGUGGGGAAGAGACCGGAGAGGUAUGGUGAUAGUAGAGUAUCAAUGUACUAAUGAGAAGAGGUGUAGUAAUAGUAGAGUAUAA